GCAGGAACUGACCCAUGAGUGUGCCCACUCCAAAAUCCCCUUUUCUCAUCCCAAUCCCAUUCUUUAAGAACCAAAACGGCUAAAUGGGGCCAUCCCUUUCUUGUCCUGUCUCACAAUCUCUGCAACAAUUUGAUCAAUUUUUCGCGGAAAAUCUCCCACUCCCCGUUACACCCUUUCCCCAAUUAGGGUUUCUUUUUCUUUCCCACUUCCAUUUCUCUUUCUUCUUCUCCUUUUGGCCUUUUGAUCUUCUUUCGUUCUUUGUACAAUCAUUGUUUGUGGUAUAAUGAGGAACCUCUGUAUCGUUGAAUGCUUCCUUCUCUGUUCUUCCCUGUUCGCUGUUCUUGUUUCCUCCAAGUAUCACGGAAACCCAGCAAAUGAUCUUGUUGAUAUCAUCAACAAAAACCGAACAGCUGCGAAGCUCUCUCGCCUGAGUGACAAUGCAGGUCUCGGGUGCAUGGCGUUGCAAUUCAUCAACUUCUGCAAAGGAAACUGCACUAGCAACAACAAUGUAAAUUGCAAUCCAUCCUCCGACAACUUCACAGAAGUUUUCGCUCCAGAUUGCGGUGUCGAGCUCCCAACUUUCGACACGAUAACCGGCCAAAUUGUGGCUUGUCAACCUGGAUAUCUUGAGCCAACAGAGGCGUUCUCUCGAGCACUCGUUCCUGACAAGAAAACUCUUUCCCUGUUGAGGAACAAAUCUCAUACAGAGGUUGGUGUGGGGAUGGUUGGGGUACAUAAAGGGCCAUUCUUCUGGUGUGUUUUGUUCAGUAAUGGGAAGACAAACUCAACAUUUGUUCUUGAAAAUCAUGGUUUGGGUAUCAAGCAAAAGAGAGGAUGCUUCAGUGGAAGUAGUGUUGAAUGCAGUAGAGGUCACUCCAAUGGAGCUUUUUGGAUCAAUGUUUCAUUUACUCUGUUCUUUCUUAUAAUUUACUCUGUUUUUUCAUAUAGAUCAGUAGAAAUUUUGUUCUAAAACUUAUCAGAGAACAUUCAAAGUUAAAUUCAGACAAAAAAAGCUUCAUCAACAAAGCUUUUUUACUC